AAUUAAGGAUCACUGAAUCUUCACCAUUUAAACUUUCAGACAGAAAAAAUGGAAAGAUGAAAAGUUCAUUAGAAGGAAGAGGAAAUGAUGAGAUCUUCCACAUUUAUUGGGCACUGGGACUGUGAGCCUAAACUGAUUUACUUUUGAGUCCCAAGCGAUGGAAGACAGAAGUGGCUCCCAGCUUCUCCUCUCUUUUGCACUCCUCUGCCUACUCUGCUCUCACACUGUUGCUUUACCUUCUCUGGGAACAUACUCAACUAUGAGAUUAGGAAACCGAUUGCCAUUCGACGGGGCAAAUGAACCUGACCAUGUUCAAGCUUCGUUAAAACCUGAGGCUGACAUUUUGCAAACAACAUUACCCGAAAAUGACAAAUUCUAUUUUGACAUGUCCAGAACUCUAGACAGAAAUGCAAGACAUGCUGAUGGACUCUUCACAAGUGGCUACAGCAAACUUUUGGGUCAACUCUCUGCAAGAAAAUAUCUGGAAUCACUUAUGGGAAAGAGGGUUGGAAAUAACAGCCCCCUCGAUGAACAGAUGCCAGUCAAGCGCCACUCAGAUGCUGUCUUCACUGACAACUACAGCCGCUUUCGAAAGCAGAUGGCUAUGAAGAAGUAUUUGAACUCUGUUUUAUCUAGGAAAAGGAGUCAGGAAGAGUUAAACCCCUCCAGCCUUCGGGAUGAAGCAGAAUUGCUUGACCCCACAUUCUCGGAAAACUACGACGAUGUCACCGUAGAUGACCUUGAGCUUCUGAACCACCUCCCAGUGAACCUCUGAAGACAACUCCAUGAAAAAGAACCCAACCCUGCAAAAAGGAAAAAAUAACUUAAAAAAAUUCCUAAGGACAAGAUCAAACUAUUUUUUGAGUUUCUCAUAGUAUGUCAAAGAAAUGAUUUCAGUAUUUAAACAAAAACAGAUAUAUUGUGAAGUGAAAUCUGUGAUAUUUUUGUUUCUUAUAUAAUAAAAGUGGAUGUUUACAC